GCGGAAUCUGUCUGUGGGUGUUGUAGAAACUAGAAACCAAACCCCCUUUAUAUCUCCACUACAGGUUUGGUGAUUGUUCUUUUUAUUUUUUCCUUUUGUAGCUGAUCUUUCAUUCCAAACAGCAUUGAAAAAUGACUAAAGAUGAAGACUUUAAGCUCCUCAAGAUCCAGACUUGUGUUCUGAGGGUCAACAUACAUUGUGAUGGGUGUAAGCAGAAAGUGAAGAAACUCCUUCAGAGAAUUGAAGGUGUCUUCCAAGUAAACAUAGAUGCAGAGCAACAGAAAGUCACUGUUUCAGGCAGUGUAGAUUCUGCAACUUUGAUCAAGAAACUUGUCAGGGCAGGUAAGCAUGCUGAGCUUUGGUCACAGAAGACAAACCAAACCCAAAAACAGAAGGCCAAUUGCAUCAAAGAGGAUAAGAACAACAAGGGCCAAAAACAAGGUCUAAUCAAGGGUCUUGAAGCCUUAAAAAACCAGCAGAAAUUUCCUUUCAUAUCUGAGGAAGAGGAUGAAUAUUUAGAUGAUUAUGACUACGAUGAAGAUGAUGAAGAGGAAGAACUUCGAUUUCUCCGGGAAAAGGCGGAGCACAUGAAUCUGAUCAGGCAACAAAUUGAUGCUAACAAUGCAAAGAAGGGUGCUGGAGCCAUUGCUGGUGCUUCCAACAAUGGAAAAAUGAAUAAUAAUGUAGGAAAUGGAAAUGCUGGGAAAAAAGGUAACAACCCAAAUCAGAACAUGGGGGUGAAGGCAAACCCUAAUGUGAUUGAUCAGAAAACAUUGGCCGCACUGAAGAUGAACAAUGCUGCCCAGUUGAAUGGUGGAAACAUUAAUCUUGGGGAGGGGAAAAUGGGAAAUGACAUCAAUAGCCUGAUGGGUCUUGCUGGUUUUCAUGGAAAUGGGGCUAAUAAUGGCAAUCCCAGUGGUAUGGGAGGAGGAGGGUUUCAAGUCCAAGCAAACAAUGGUUUCCAUGGUACUGCUGCUGUAUCCACAGGAAUUCCCAAUGGUGGUCUGGCCACAGGGCAUCAUCCCUCCAUGAUGAUGAACAUGAAUGGGCAUCCUCAACAGUACAACUACCCUUCAUCAAUGAUGAUGAACCUGCCGAACAGGCAGGCCAUGGUGCAACAGCAGCCCCAGAUGAUGUACCAUAGGUCUCCUUUCAUUCCCCCAAACACUGGCUAUUACUAUAACUAUCCCCAAGUUCCACAACCUUACUAUGAGUCUAACCAUGGUACUGAUCACUCUGCUUCCCAUAUGUUCAGUGAUGAAAACACAAGUAGCUGCUCAAUUAUGUAAUGGUCAAAUUUAAGGGACUGUUUGGCCUACAAGACUUUUGCAUCUCCAGGUUAUGGCAUUACUGCUUUUUAACAGUGUCAUUUUAGUGAAAGGGGG